AUGAAGAGGCGCCUCCCGACCGUCCGAGAGGAUACGCACAAGUGUGACAGUGAUGUGGUGGUGUACCUCAUGGUGACGGCGACGGCAGUGCUAAGUUACGUGAACAGUUUGAAUGGGGAUUUCGUUCACGAUGACAUCCCGGCCAUAGUGACCAAUCGUGAUGUCACGGGGGGCGGUUUGAGGCAGUUGUUCUUGGACGAUUUCUGGGGCACGCCUAUGGUCGAUCCCAACAGUCACAAGUCCUAUCGGCCGUUGACGACGCUGUCUUUUAGGUGUGCUGUCUCGCUCCUGCUUAGGGAACAUUCGUUAGAUAGAGUAAGGAGGAAUAUGGAAGCUCGUGAAUAUGACAUGACUUGUAAAACUUUGAAGAUUCGGGGAUCCGCGGAGAAUUAA